AUGAAGUUCUCAACUGCCGCUUUCUUCGCCAUCGGCCUCUUUGCUGGCAACGUCAUUUCUGCCCCCGCAGUCCAAGGAAACGAUGUCGCCCUUCCCAUCGAAGUCCGUGCUGAGGACUUUGUCGCAAACGACGCCGCCCACCUCGAGGCCCGAGCGAAGAAGAAGAGGGCUGCUGGAGCUGCUGCCAAGAAGAACAAUGGCGCUGCCGCUGCCAAGGCGAACGCCGCCAACGCCGCUGCCGCCAAGAAGAAGAACGCCAAUGCCGCGAAGAAGAACGCAAACGCAAAGAAUAAUGCCAACGCAGGAAACAAUGCCAAUGCGGGCAACAACGCCAACGCCGGCAACGCCAAUGCUGCCAAGGGCAAGGGCAAGUCCCAAGCUGAGUUCUCUGGCUUGGCUUGCACCGAUGGAAAGGGAGCUGGUGCUUGCAACGCCAACGGCCAAUGUGCCGUCAACGGCAAGACAGCUGCCAUCGCCGGACAGUGUGGUGUCGCAGCAAAGAAGGCCAACAAGCGCUACGCCUCGGAUGUUACCCACCUCAUUUGA